AUGGCCCUUCUCGACCGGGCCAUUCAGUCAAUUUCCUUCCCGUCCCAGUCACUUUCCGCCGCCAUAGUCACACAAACUCUGUUGAUUCAUCCAUCCUUCGGGUGUAUCUGCGUGUUUGUCCAGCCUUGUGUUUCUAGCCUGUCUGCAUGUGCACCUCGGUACCGUCGUUUGCAUUUGCAUGUUUGCAUGCGCUCCUUCCGACAGUCAUUGUUCUUCACCUCUUUGGCCACCAGCCAAACCGACUGCCCAACCCGCCGACACAGCUACCCAGACCCAGCAACCGAUCACCUGAGCACAGCACAUCAACAUGAGCUACGCUUACGUUCAAGCGGGAAAAGAGGCUGUCCAGUCCACAAUUGA